AUGACGACCGAGAGCAAGAUCCAGUCUGGUGACCUGAUCACAAUCCGUACCAAUGAUCCGGUCAAUCAUUCUCUGCCAUCGGUCAAAUUGCUGCAGCUUCAGUGGACUUUACUUCGUGUGUUUGCCAUGAGUGGCGUUGCCGGGGCCUCCGACAAAGACCUCGACCCGUUUGCAGGCAUGGGGACUGGUUGGAUCACUGGGGUGGGUGGCUUGGUCAUUCUCGCGGAUAUGAAGAGACAUCCGACGACGAGAGCGGAGACGAAGAGACAGUCGACAACGAGAAGGGGGAGGAGAAAAUCUAUACAAUACACCCCCAACAACCAGGAUUCGCUGAUGAUCACCCUAGCCGACCUAAACAAAUAUCGGUAA